AUGUCUGACUCGCAACAAUCCGUCGAGGUUUUGAACCAACUUCUCGCGAGGUUGUCUGUUGCCACUCCAGACAACAGAGAUGAGGUCGCUACUGAGGUCUCAUCCUUUGUCAACGGUAACAUUAUCGAACACGAUGCUCCAGAACAUUUCUUCAACGGAUUAGCUAAGGCUAUCAAGGACAAGAAGAGUGCUGUUAACGCUCUAGCUGCUGUCAGCCACGUUGCUAGCACCAGUGGUUUGGCCCCAUCUGUUGAACCAUAUGUUGUUGCUUUGGUUCCUGCUAUCUUGGAACAAACUGGUUCCAAGGACAAGGACGUUCAAUCCGCUGCUAACGCUGCCUUGCACGCUGUGGUUACUGCUGUUAACCCAGUUGCCGUUAAGGCUGUCUUGCCUCAUUUGACCAAGUCUCUAUCUGAGACCAACAAAUGGCAAGAAAAGGUUGCUGUCUUGUCUGCUAUCUCUGCUUUGGUCGACCAAGCUAAAUCUCAAAUCUCUUUGAGAAUGACCGAGUUGAUCCCAGUUUUGUCUGAAGCUAUGUGGGAUACCAAGAAGGAAGUCAAGAACGCUGCUACCGCUACUAUGACUAAGGCUACUGAAACUGUCGAAAACAAGGAUAUCGAACGUUUCAUUCCUAAGUUGAUCGAAUGUAUUGCUAACCCAUCUGAAGUUCCUGAAACCGUUCACUUGUUGGGUGCUACUACUUUCGUUGCUGAAGUUACUCCAGCUACUCUAUCCAUCAUGACUCCAUUGUUGUCUAGAGGUUUGGCUGAAAGAGAAACUCCUAUCAAGCGUAAGUCUGCUGUUAUCAUUGAUAACAUGUGUAAGUUGGUGGAAGACCCUCAAAUUGUUGCUCCUUUCUUGAACAAGUUGUUGCCAGGUUUGAAGAACAACUUCUCCGUUAUUGCUGACCCAGAAGCUCGUGAAGUUACCUUGAGAGGUCUAAAGACUUUGAGAAGAGUCGGUGCUGUCGGUGAAGGUGAUGUUCUACCUGAAAUCUCUCACGCUGGUGACCCAGCCACCACUUUGGGUGUUUUGGACUCUUUGUUGAAGACUGAAAACAUUGCCAAGAAAUUCAGACCAGCUGUCGAAUACAUUUCUUGUAUCGGUGGUGACUUGAUCGAUGAAAGAAUCAUUGAUCAACAAACCUGGUUCACUCAUGUGUUGCCAUACAUGACCAUUUUCUUGCACCAAAACCAAGCUAAGGAAAUUUUGGACGAAUUCAGAAAGAGAGCUGUCGACAACAUUCCAGAACCACCAAAAUUCGACGAUGAAGAAGAAGAAGGUGAAGAUCUAUGUAACUGUGAGUUCUCUUUGGCUUACGGUGCCAAGAUCUUGUUGAACAGAACUCAAUUGAGAUUAAAGAGAGGUAGAAGAUACGGUCUAUGUGGUCCAAACGGUUCCGGUAAGUCUACUUUGAUGAGAGCCAUUGCUAACGGUCAAGUUGACGGUUUCCCAUCUCAAGAAGAAUGUAGAACCGUCUACGUCGAGCACGAUAUCGAUGGUACUCACGCUGAGACUUCUGUCUUGGACUUCGUUUUCCAAGGUGACGUUGGUACUAAGGAAGCUAUCAGUGCCAAGUUGAAGGAAUUCGGUUUUGACGAUGAAAUGAUUGUCAUGCCAAUUGCUGCUCUAUCUGGUGGUUGGAAGAUGAAAUUGGCUCUUGCUAGAGCUGUGUUGAAGAACGCCGAUAUCUUGUUAUUGGAUGAACCUACCAACCAUUUGGAUACCGUCAACGUCGCUUGGUUGACCAACUACUUGAUCACUUGUGGUAUCACCUCUAUUGUUGUUUCUCACGACUCUGGAUUUUUGGACAACAUCUGUCAAUACAUUAUCCACUACGAAGGUCUAAAAUUGAGAAAAUACAAGGGUAACUUGUCCGCUUUGGUCGAAAGAGUUCCAUCUGCUAAGUCCUACUACGAAUUGGGUGCUUCUGACUUGGAAUUCAGAUUCCCAGAACCAGGUUACUUGGAAGGUGUUAAGACUAAGCAAAAGGCUAUCGUCAAGGUUUCUAACAUGACCUUCCAAUACCCAGGUACCUCAAAGCCUCAAAUCAGUGACGUUUCUUUCCAAUGUUCUUUGUCUUCCAGAAUUGCUGUCAUUGGUCCAAACGGUGCUGGUAAGUCCACUUUGAUUAACGUGUUGACUGGUGAAUUGCUACCAACCACUGGUGAAGUUUACACUCACGAAAACAUCCGUAUUGCUUACAUUAAGCAACACGCUUUCGCCCACAUCGAAUCUCACUUGGACAAGACUCCAUCCGAAUAUAUUCAAUGGAGAUUCCAAACUGGUGAAGAUAGAGAAACCAUGGACAGAGCUAACAGACAAAUUAACGAAGAUGAUGCUCAAGCUAUGAACAAGAUCUUCAAGAUCGAUGGUACCCCAAGAAGAAUUGCUGGUAUCCACUCUAGAAGAAAGUUCAAGAACUCUUACGAGUACGAAUGUUCUUUCUUGUUGGGUGAAAACAUCGGUAUGAAAUCUGAAAGAUGGGUUCCAAUGAUGUCUGUUGACAACGCUUGGUUGCCAAGAGGUGAAGUUAUUGAAUCUCACGGUAAGAUGGUUGCUGAAGUUGAUAUGAAGGAAGCUUUGGCUUCCGGUCAAUUCCGUCCAUUGACCAGAAAGGAAAUUGAAGAGCACUGUGCCAUGUUGGGUCUAGAUGCUGAAUUGGUUUCCCACUCCAGAAUCAGAGGUUUGUCUGGUGGUCAAAAGGUUAAAUUAGUGUUGGCUGCUGGUACCUGGCAAAGACCUCACUUGAUUGUCUUGGAUGAACCUACCAACUAUUUGGAUAGAGACUCCUUGGGUGCUUUGUCUAAGGCUUUGAAGGAAUUCGAAGGUGGUGUUAUCAUCAUUACCCACUCUGCAGAAUUCACCAAGGACUUGACUGAAGAAGUGUGGGCCGUCAGAGACGGUUUGAUGACUCCAUCUGGUCACAACUGGGUUUCCGGUCAAGGUAGCGGUCCAAGACUAGAAAAGAAGGAGGAUGAAGAAGACAAAUUCGAUGCCAUGGGUAACAAGAUCAGCAGUGGUACCAAGAAGACCAAGUUGUCCUCUGCCGAAUUGAGAAAGAAGAAGAAGGAAAGAAUGAAGAAGAAGAAGGAAUUGGGUGAUGCCUAUGUGUCCGAUGACGAUGCAGACUUCUAA